UUUGUGCGUCAGAACGGCUCAGGAGAAUCAAGUAAGAUAGAGAGAGAGUUUGAAAGUAGGCCUCAACUGCUCAGUCAGUUGUCGACUACGUGUCCAGACGAUUGGUUGGCAUAAUGAUUGUGCUUUUCUGUACGCUGCUCAUCAUCGGCUUAUGUCAUUGCAAUGAUCUUCCAUCAAAUACCGAAGUCGAGAGCUCGAUCAACCGAACAAUCAACGAAGUUGAAAGACUGAUUCGCGAAAACUCCACUUUGCCCCAUCUUACUAAGCGUGAGAUUAUUGAUAUUCUUUUCAACAUCACUUCCAAAGAUCUCGAAACAUACCAGAACAAAAAGACAAUUGAAGAAGCAAGGAAUAUCUACCAGAAAGCUUUGAUGGUAGUCUUACCUUAUAACGCAGAAGAUGCUAUAGAAAACGUCAAAGAUUUACAUACUAAACCGCCGGUAGUUCAAUUAAUUACAGAUCCUUUUUCCAAUUCGGAAGAUUUCGAGAGAAGCGCAUCAAAAAAUAAGAAACUAUUUGUACAAAGCGAUAAACAAUCUCUUGAAAAUGUCAUAGCGACACGUUCACACACAUAUGCUACAGAGAAAAACUUGUCAAAAGAAAACUCACCUGUGCAAAUGCGAUAUAAAAAUCACAGAGAAACGUCUUCGGAAGCGCAUUCAAAAAUGCCUUUAAAGGAAACCCUAAAGUUUGAUUCAACGCCAAUCAAAUUUAGCUUCAAUCUAGAAAAUCUGCCAACGCAUUCGAUUCUGACCGAAGAACCAACAACGAUUACUACUACUACUACUACUACUACUACUAAACGACCAGUAUUCGAAGGCUCUUCGUUAACCAAGAAUAAGGAAGUCUAUAUAGUUUAUAGUACGAGCGCGACAACCAUCUCACCUGGAACGAUAGAGAUGAAAAAGAACGUUUCAGCGUUUAACUCGGGGCCAGAAACGACGUCUCGUCCUUUAAAUAAUAACGAACAUGUUCUGUCUGUCGACAAAUGGCGAUAUAAUGCACCAACGACGCAAAGUACUACAACAGUACAAACUGUAACAAAACUUCCAGAUGUGCUGUUUAAUAGAGUUCGAGAUAGGCAACCGCUUUUUCCAAUUACCGCAUCACCACUGAAAAAUAUGACGCCAACUGUAUCAAUUGGCAAAGUUAAACACAAUCCAGAUAUUUCAAAGGUAAUCGCAACAUCCGAAAAGAUAGAAAUUGUGAGUACCGAGCAAUCAGCUCCUAUCUACGUGACACCAAUGUCCUUCUCUUCUUCCGCUUCUCCUCUUCCUCCUCCUCCUCCUCUUUCUCUUCCUCCUUCUUCUUCUUCUUCUUCUCAUUCUUCUUUCCUUUCUGUCGAGAAAUUAAAAUACAAUUCCACUUACAAUUUAAACUCUGGAGGUUUUCACGGAAUCACAACGACGACAACGACAACAAUGCGUCCGGAAGUAAUGGAACUGCUCGCAUCGAUUGGACUUAGACCGGAAAAUGCUAUUAACGUGGAAGACGUAUUUAAAAAGAACAUGAAAAAUUUAGAGAUAAAAUCUGAAAUUCCCAAUAGUAACGGUUUAGUCUAUGCAACUUCCGGCUUGACAGCGAUUACGCCCGAUUCACCAUCGAUAAUCGCUCAAAACACUUUUGAAAAUCCUGUUUCAGAGAUCGGAAAAGGCAUGAACAAUCUAACACCCGAUGUACAAUUGCUUUUUCAACGAUUUGGUUUACAAACGUCAAAUCUGGUAACGACCACAAUGUCCACGCUCGAGUCGACUAUUAAUACAAACUCGUAUACCAAUUUCAAGCCUUUGCCAACAUCUAAAAUACAAAACGAAGAUAUGAAAGAAUUCUUGGCGAAAUUCGGGCUUGGCGUCAGCGGCGGCAGACAGAAAAAGGCAAUGUCGGCGUCAACGGAACGGCCGUCGUUGAUCGAGGCUGUUCCGGAUAACAUGAGGCAGAUUUUAGAGAACAUAGGCCUUAUAUCUCGCAAAAUCUCGAGGACGACACCAAAGAUAGAAAACGCGGAACCAACAAAAGCGACCAAAUUCCACGUGUUUAAGCCUCACGAAGUCCGUGUGAAGGAUGAAGAGCAGAGAAUGAAAAUCAACCAACUUUUAGAUAAAGUCAGAUUAGUUCAGGAAGGAAAAGCAAGUAUAAAAGACGUGCGAAACGUUGCCGAUCGUCUAGUCGCUACAACGAAAACUCUAAAAGAUGGGCCGGAUCCACUGAAUUUAGAAGAGAUAAUUAGAGUUUAUAACGAAGAUGUAGUAAAAAAUGAAGUAAAAAGACAACAAAAUCCGGAAGAAACCAUUGAAAUCACUACCAGGGAUGAUCGAGCUCUCGCGAAUACCACGACGAUGCCUACUGAAUCUGUAAACCUUUCCUCGACAACGACAACGACAACGGCUACGGUGAUUUUAGAUUCAACGACGGACGGUUCGAACUUCCGGGAUGUUUCAACAGCAACUCCGGAAUCAUCGACAGCAAGCGUAAAUCUAGCGGCACUAGAAGAAUCCUUUGGUGGCACUACUCGUGCACCGGAUCCUGUUCUACCAACCAAACGAAGGAAUGGUUUAUACUUUCUUUUAGAUUGGAACACCUUUCUCGAAGUUGGUGAUGAAGAUAGUGAAAAAGUGAAUUUGAGAUUUGAGCCGAAAGUUGGCGAUAGGACAAGAUUUCUGCCAGUCAGCGUGCCAUAGUUAACACAAUAAUGUAAACAAUUUUAACAACAAUAUUGUUUCUGAAAACAUUUUAUCUGCAUAUUCUAUUAUUAUUUAUUCUGGCAUAUUUCGACAUAAAGUAAAGUAAAAUAUCUCGUAAACUAUUGAUUUUUCGAUAACUGUAUCUAUUUAUACUUUUAUAUGUAAAAUAAUCUGAGAGGAAUCAUAUUAUGUAAAAAAAUAAUGUAAUUUCAUUAAAAAAUAGCGAUAACCUUUAUAUAAUCUUAAAAAUAAUAAAAAAUUGAUUUUUUAAUUUUAUUUUACCAUUGUUGAUUCCUUUCUAGACUAUACAACUUUUAUCUAAAGAGUUUUCUUCUAAAACUUACGGAUUUUAAAAUAUUUGACUGGCAAAGUUAAAGUGGACCACUGUGUAUGCAUAUACACAUACACAAACACGCGCGCGCACACAUAGUUUAAUGUUUGAUUCAAUUUUAUAAAAAACAAAUCAGUUUAAGCUGAUUAUAAUUAUCAAAUGCAGAUUAUUAUAUAAUUAUCAGAAAGAGUAUGACAUCGUUUACAACGCAUAAUAAUUUAUGUAUGCUAUUUAAAAACUUUAUAUCUGCGAUAUAUGUGAAAAUAUUUCAACAAAGAAAUUGAUUAACAAAAAAAUAAAAAAAUAUAAUAGAUUUAAUUACACAAUGUAUAAAAAGAUUUAUGUACAUAAUAGAGAAAAAAAUGGUGACACAGCCCCGCGUUUACAGUUUGAAUAAUAAUUGUAAUUUGUUAAAAAUUUAUAUUCUACAAUCGUCAAUAUGUUGUUCAAUUAAUGUUAAACUCAAUCAAAGUUACUCUAUUGUAAAUUGGAAAGCAUAUUCAAGCAGAACAAAAAAUCAUUAAGAUACCAAAAUGGUUCCAAAAUAAUUAGUAAAAAUUACUUUUUGGUCAUUCUCGAUUUAUAUUUGUUAUUUUGACAUUAUAUCAUUAUGAACUUAUUGUUCUACUUGAAUAAUGUGAAUUGUGAAAAGCUUUUGUAUGAAAUGAUUAUAUAUGUAUAAUAACUUGAGAAUAAUUAGAUCUACAAUGUAGUAAUGUCCAUGAAUUAUUCGGUUUUAUCUAAACUUUUUUCAACGUUUUGUAAUUGUAAUAAACUUUAUAUUCCGCGAUAUUAUAUCUAUAAAUUUCAUUAAUCUUAUACAAUAAAAUAAUAAUAUUAAUAUUAAUUUUGUACUCGUGUAAGUUUCACAUUGUAUGAAGUUAAAAUAUAUUACAUAAACUUAAA